CACGCAACAACAACACAACGCAACAGACACAAAAGACACAACAACCAUGGCAGGUCCUGCAAACCCUCCCGGUCAGCCGAAAGGCGGUUUCAACAAGCUUUUUGUGAUGCUGCCAGUGAUGCUGGCUGCCCGAAAGCUCGAUGCCGAAGACCCACAAACCGUUCAAUACUUGCGUAUGGCCUACGGGUCCAUGCAAUCGCUCUGCGUUUUAGUGGUCCUGUAUACAUUCAUGAAGGCCUCCUCCAUCGACGACAAGAAAGCCUCAAACAUUGUCUACAUCCCUGCACCUCCAACGGUACGUUGUCUCUGGCCUCAUGAACAAUACAUCAGGAAACGAAAGUUACACUUGCUCGUUGAAGGACGGGAAAAAGUAUGUUGUUGAUUGGCAAUACCUAUUGUGUGGACUCAUCCUUUUAUUUUGCUUUUUCGUUUCUUGGUGCUCCUUGUUUCCUUUCUGAUUUCGCCCCGCGCUACUUGUUUUUCGUCUUGCGCAGCCCUUUGCCGAUCCGGAAGCCAAAAAGAAAUACACUAGCUCCGAAUACCGGGCACACGUUUUGUCGACCGCACGCUCCCUCGUGGGCUCGACACUUUUUGGGAUCUGUAUGACGGUUGGUCUGCACAUUUACAAGGGCAUGGCCAUGGGUCUUGCUAUCCAGACCAUCAUGGGUCCCUUCAAUCUUUUCGAGAACCCGCUCGUCAAGGCCAUCUUGAUGGGAAAUGGCUUUCGUCCCGAGGACAAGAUUUUUGAAGAAAAGGAUCUGCAGGAACUCACCGAGAGCGACGAGGUUGUCGAUGAAACCGGCAACGUGAUUCCCAAACACCAGCUGUUGGCGUCUUCCAAAACGCAAAAGGCCAAGAAAUCCCAAUCGCCAGAGGACGCCUUUGAGGAACUCUUACUGGACACAUGGGACGCUGGCAAUGGGGCUGAUGUUUCCAAAUUUGUGAGUGCCGUCACUAAAAAGAACUGCAACCAGCGUUCGAAGGGAAACGAAUGGACUCCGCUCAUGAUUUUGAGUGGAUUGACCAACAAGGAAGAUACCGCAUCCGCUAUCCGAAAGGUCAUUGGUAUGGGCGGAAACCCCGGAGUUACGGACAAGGAUGGCUGGAACUGCCUCCAUUGGGCGGCCUUUCACGGAAGCCUCUCGGCAGCCAAGGCGUUGUACGAUUACGAUGCAUCCUUGCUGGACGUCAAGGACAAUGAAGGAAAAUUACCUCUCGAAAUGGCACAACAAGAGGACAACAAGGAGGUUGCAAAAUACCUCGAAGAAGUCACGGCUACCGCUGCCGCCUCCAAGACAGACGGCGGCGACGAAGGAAUCCGCAAACGAAAAUGAAACAGGAAUCACCCGCCGCACCGAACGGUGCUCGCACCCGGUCCGCCGCUUGCCUCGAUCGGAUAGGAAGACACGGAUUUGUUCGCUUGCUCGUUUUGUGAUGGCCGGUGAAAGCAAUCGACAAGGCCGGUACCUACCUAUUUCACGAGUGUAUGUGUUUGUAAAAUUGUAGAACAAAACGUGGCAUGUUGUUGCGAGACAAUGCCGCUGGCUGCUGGACUAUCCAAUAGAAAAUAUACAAAACGAAACAACAAAUCAAUAAAACUUUUAAAAAAAGCAAAGAAAGGAGCCACGAUGGUAGUUUCCUUUUUGACUUGCAUGCCAGCGUUGCCAAACGGGGAACUGUUUGGCAUGAUUGACUUAAAACCAUUGUUCACAAAACUAUUGUUCCUUAGAAUUGGCAGACGAUACAUUUGAUUCGAGUUUCGGUUCAUGUUCAUCAUCUCCUAUGUUUCAACGCACUAUUUUCUUGUUCAUCAACCUUUUGUUUGCGACUGCUCAUUUCGCAAUACGAAUCAAAUUGUGAACAGGUGUGUCGACCAUCGGCUAGAAUUUGACAUGGCCUUCCUUUCCUUCCGAAUGAAGGUGUUCACAGUGAUGACCUUUUUGAUGGCUCACUAAAGAAAGAGGCAACCGCAACCCCUACGAACAUGCGCACAAGACCACAUGGCAACGUCAUCAUCACGGCAGCUAACUUCCAUGCAACAGAAUGAGAUACAACUGCUGAAACAACCACUCACCUCCAAUUGGCACUGUUAAGUUAAGCAGAGUGCUUUCUUCUGCUGCCACGAAUUUAAAGCUUCAUGGAGCCCUUUUCUUGCAAUGGUAUGAAUACAUGCUGGUAGUAAUACCAGUUGUAUAUUGUAGUACUAGUGGUAGAAGUACUAUGGAAAAUAUCUCCUGAUACAAGUAGUCUUACUACUUUGAUAUUGUAAGUACAAGCAGGCUUCUUGAUACCAGACAUGAUUUUAUCAUGGAAAUACUAUUCACUUACUCCUAUCUAUUCACUUUUUCCUCAUUCUUGGUUUUUCAAGAGUUGACUCUCUUCUGCUACUCUCUUCUGCUACUCUCUUCUGCUACUCUCUUCUGCUACUCUCUUCUGCUACUCUCUUCUGCUACUCUCUUCUGCUACUCUCUUCUUGAUGUAGACUCCAGUAUAAUUCCUAGUUCUUAGUAUUAGUAAGAAAAAUAUAGUAAAUAGUUUCUUUAUUU